UAAGCCUUCUUGACCAUUUUCUCCCCUUUUUUUCACAUUCUAAACCAAAAAAAACCCAACAACAAAAACCCACCCGACCCAAUAACCAUCACCAAACCAUAAUCCGUCAACCCAAAAAAUGGCGUUGCUCGGCGAGGAUGGCCAUGGUUACGACUUAGCUCGUAAACUCGAAACCCACGGCAUAUGGCGAUCAUGGCUAGGCGAUUCACUUUAUACAAACAACUUCAUUCACUUCCUUUCUUCUCCUUCUACUUGGGAUUCCUUCAUGAAAACUGACGAUUCAAAAACUAGGGUUCAGAUUCAACUCCAACUCCGUGCUCGUGCUCUCCUUUUCGAUAAAGCAUCGAUCGCUUUAUUCCUAAGAUCUGAUAAAUCUGCAAUUUCUAAGCUCAAUCCAAAUUAUUUGCAAUUGCAUGGUGAUGAUGUGUAUUUUACUCUGGAGAAUUGUUCGCAAGAUGGAGCUCAACAGCGUGAAGGUGUUGCUGGUACAAGCAAUGUGUUAUCAAAGGUCCAGUCAAAGUUAAAUUUUGGUGUUGGAUCAAGAUAUAGUGAGUCAGAAACUGAUGCAAUGUCACAGAGGUUGAAUGAUUUACCUGAAACAUGGUAUAACCAGUUCUUUGAAACAUACAGAGCAAGUAAAUCAUAUAGGAUACAGUUUGGUGACAGGGAAGCAGAAAGACGAACACCUGAACAGAUGUCCUUUUAUCUUAGAGUUGUUGAGAAUCAUAAGAGAAGGCGAGUAGCUUUUAAGGUUGAUCAGAACAUUGGUCAUGGCAUGUUGGAUGAUGGAUCAAACUCAGUUUUAGAUAACGACAACCCAUUUUUUCCUGAAACUAUGUCUGCCAUGAAUUGUGUUCCUGAUAGUGCAGUCUCACGGAGAAGUCAACUGAAAGAGAACCGGAAAGUGGAGUUCAAUGGGGUUCUAGAUACUUUACCCCAAAUAAUGACCAAGAGCCCUAGCCCUAUUAUGAUUGAGAGGCUUGGUAUUAGACCAGAGUACCUAAGCAUGGAUCAAGGCAGUAAUCAAAAUCAUGGAAAGAAUGGUGCUGAGAGGAGUAAGAAAUGUAUUGGUGAAGAGCAAGCAUUAAAGUUAUCACAAAAGGUGACGGCACAAUUGCUGGGAAAUGUGGGUUUCGAAGGCUCAUCUGAAGUUCCACUAGAAGUCUUGACUAAAUUCAUGAGUUGCCAUAUUCGUAAAUUAGGUUCUACCUUAAAACUCCUUGCUGAUAGCUACAGAAAGCAGUGUUCAGCAAUGGAACUUCUCAAGAUGUUUCUCCAUUCUGAUGAACAUAGUAAUCUUGCCGUGUUAUCUGAACUUGUGAAGGAUAAUACUAGGAAUGUUGUGCAACAAACUCAGCAGCAAGUACAGGGAUUCCAACAACAGUUGCAACCUCAGCAGGCAGCUGCCCUUCGACAGUCACAGCAGAUAUUAAGAAUGCAUCCUCAAAUGCAGCAGCAAAUGCAGCAGAUGAUCAAUUCCGGAAAUCUGACUCCUCAGCAACUGCAGAAUCUGAUGCGAAGGCGCCAGCAGCUAACACCUCGUCCUGGUAUGAGUAUGAACAUGAACAUCGACAAAGACAGGCCCUUGGUCGAUGUCAAGCUUGAACAUCCAACUGAUUUCCCAAUGGACAAUAAUGCCUUUAAUGCAAUGGCUGCGAGACAGCCCCAGAUGCAGCAGUUCCGUCAGCAACAAAAUGCAGCUAUGUCAUCUCCCUAUGCUCAAAACACAACUCAGUUUAGGCCAAUGACUUCUCUUCAAAUUCCUCAAGUGCAGUCACCGACUAUGGGAAUGAAUAGGGCUCCCCCUGUAAAAGUUGAAGGCUUCCAGGAAUUGAUGGGUGGAGAUGCAACAAUGAAGCUUGAUUCUGAAGAAAAUAAGUUAAUGUCUCCUCAAAAAUAGCGUCGCACCAAUGACUAGUAAGUAUUGAAGUAGCAGUAGAUGGAUUCUUAUUUCAGCUGUUUACUUGUCACUUUUGUGAACUGUUUUUUUACAUUGUUUAGGUAAAUUAUAUAUCGCAGAAUGACUGCAAUAAGAAAAUUUAGGUAGGAAUUAAACUUUUGUCAUCAGGAUGGCUGCUAAGGUGUGUACCAUAUUCUGUUGUCAUUCAGCUUUGUUCCUCUGGAAAUGUGCAUAUGUAGCAUUUGUAUAAUUUUAUUUCCUCAACUCAUGGACCUUGUAAUUCUCUUCAGCAAAAGUAAUAUUAUAUGUGCUUAUGCACAGAGAGUUUUUCCUGCCAA